AUGUCGGCCACACACCGACACAACUCGAGGCUGCAAAACGCCUCGGUCACAUCGCUCCGCCGUGGCCCCCAACGAAGGGACAGCGGCCGCCGCAGCGAUGGCUCAGUCACAUCCUCAGGCCGCGAGUCGAUUGGCACCGGCCUGACCGAGCCUCCUGCCUACUCCAAGAAGUUUGUCGUCGUCGGCGACGGCGGCUGCGGCAAGACCUGUCUGUUGAUCAGCUACAGUCAGGGCGUCUUCCCCGAGAAAUACGUCCCCACCGUCUUCGAAAACUACAUCACCCACUGCGAACACAAGCCCUCGGGCAAGAUUGUCGAACUAGCCCUCUGGGAUACCGCUGGACAAGAAGAAUACGACAGACUGCGCCCUCUCUCCUACCCCGAGACGGAUCUGCUCUUUGUCUGCUUUGCUAUCGACUGUCCCAACUCGCUCGAAAAUGUCAUGGACAAGUCCGACUUGCGCAACAAGCGUACCUGCAUCGACCUCCUCAAAACUCAAGGACUCACUCCCGUCACAACCCACCAAGGUCAGGCUGUUGCCAAGAAGAUGGGCGCUCUUUACAUGGAAUGCAGCAGUAAAGAGAUGACUGGCGUUCACGAGAUCUUCGAAGCCGCCAUUAACACUGUCGUCGCCGAGGCUGAGGGCUUGAACCCAACUCCCCCUGCCAGCCGUGGUAGUCUCACCACUGGAAACUCGUCCUCGCAACCCCAACAAAAACGUCCCCAGACCGCCAGCAGACCCUCGGACAAUCCCACUCCCAUGAUUGCUCCUAGCAAGAAGAAGAAGAGAAAGGCUUGUCUGAUUUUGUAA